UGCCUCCCAAGGAUUGAGAUCAAUGAAUAAAAAAAAUUCAGUUCAUGAGAAAGAGCAUAUGCAAACAGAAAUUCCAAUUUCUCCCACUGAUCAAGUUAUGCAGUCCACUCAAACAGUUGAAACAAGUUCAUGUACUACUGAAAAGGUAAAAAAGGUUCGAGGAAGUAACAAGUGCAAAGAAGUUGCAUCAAUUGAAGUUGGACAGAAGUUAAAAGUAACAUUUUACAAUAAUCGAACAGUUGGAAAGAAUAGCAAUCUAUUUUUGAGGCAUUUGGGAAAAAUAGUUCGUGACCGUAAUAUGUGUCCGUUGGGAGUAUCAGCGUGGGAUGACAUUAAGGAAGAAAAGUUAAAUCACAUGUGCGCAGCUGUUGCGGAUAAGUUUGAGAGUGAUGACAUGGAUAUUCAUCGCGACCAUAUUUUGAGAUGGAUGAAAGAGUUAUGGAACAAAUGGAGAGGAAAAUUGCAUGAAACGUAUGUGAAGGGUAAGCCAAUCCAAGAGGCUCUUAAGAAUGUGCCCAAGGGGGUAGACAAGAAACAAUGGGAGUGGUUGGUUAAGGAACAUUUUUUUACAGAAAGUUUUCAGGCAAGAAGCAACAGGAACAUAGCAAAUAGAGCUAAGUUGAAGAUGCUUCCUCGCAUUGGUAGCAAGCCAAUUAGAGAGAUUAUCUAUCAAAAGGGCGGAAAAGAUGGCAAACCACCAAAUUUGGCAACUGUUUUCUUUGAGACUCGCAAGAAGAAUAACACACUUGUUGAUCCUGAAGCAAUCGAGAAACAUGCUCAAAUCGAAGAAUUGGUGCAGUCCGAACCGUCACUUCCUAGCAUAGAGAUUGUAGAAAAAUGCUUUGGACCUCAAAGUCGUAGUCAUGUAUUUGGAUUUGGGGGUGGAGUAAAGGCGAAAGAUUUGAAAGGUGAGACUUCCUCAAAAGCUGAAUUAUUGGCUAAGCUACGUUCAACUCAAAAUGAAAACCAGUCUUUGAAGGAUCGUUUGUCUAAUUUCGAAAAUGAAAUGAAAGAACUGAGGCAAUUGAAAGAACUUUUUUUUGCGCAACAUGCUAAUUUCCAGCCUCCAGUUCAAGAGAAUGACUAUUCGGAUCCUUGAUGAUAGCAAGUUAUGGAAAUUGAAGUUUACGAGAAGCAAUUUUUUGAGGACAAACAGAUUGACUAUCAUUUUGCUCGGAAUGUGGAGAAACUUUAUUAUAGUCUAGGGAUAUUAGCUAUAUAGGAUUUUUCUAAGGGUUUAUGCAUGUACAAAAUACUGUGACUAGCUUAGAUCAUUGAUGUACGGUGCUAGUAACUGAUGUUGAUCAUUUUUUGUAAUUUCAACAUCAUCUUGGGAUUAAUUAUUAGAUUCUCUAAUUGCAAAUUGAAUGUGAUUGAGGGAGUUGUGACUUGUU